GUAACCGCGUAACAGUAAAAUAAAAUCUGUAAAUCUCUCUUUCUCUAUCCCUCCGCUUCUGAUUCCGUUUCUCCCUCUCUCUCUAACACCUAACAGUUCCCACCUAACUUCCUCUGCAGUGAACAAACAAACAACCGCCUAUGUCGCCGCCGCCGUCGGCAACCGCCGACUUCCUCCGCGAAGUCGACCCUCAGAUCUGGCGCGCUUGCGCAGGCGCCUCCGUUCAAAUCCCCUCUCUCUACUCUAGGGUUUACUACUUCCCUCAGGGCCAUGUCGAGCACUCUUGCCCCUCCUCGCUCAUCUCUUCCUUCUCAACCGCCGCUCCGGUUCCCUGCGUCGUCUCCGCCGUCGAGCUACUCGCCGAUCCGAUCACCGACGAGGUCUUCGCUCACCUUGCGCUGCAGCCGAUAUCUCCCGAGCACUUCUCUCCCUCCAAUUUCUCCGGAUUCGGGAGCGACGACGAUGAUGAUAACAACAGCAACAACAACAACAACAAGGUGGUUACCUUCGCGAAGAUAUUAACGCCGUCUGAUGCUAAUAACGGAGGAGGAUUCUCCGUCCCGCGUUACUGCGCGGACUCCGUCUUCCCUCCGCUCGAUUUCCACGCGGAUCCUCCGGUUCAGAAGCUAUUCAUCACCGAUAUCCACGGCGUCGUCUGGGACUUCCGCCAUAUCUACCGCGGCACGCCGCGGAGGCACUUGUUAACCACCGGGUGGAGCAAGUUCGUCAACGGGAAGAAGCUUAUCGCCGGAGACUCCGUCGUGUUCAUGAGGAAGUCUGUUGAUGAGAUGUUUAUAGGUGUGAGGCGAGCGCCGAUCUCAAACCACGGGGAUGAGUAUUACGGAGGAGGUAAGAAGGGGUUUAGGAGGAUUGGGAUGGGGAAGUUAACGGCGGAGGCUGUCUCUGAGGCGGUCAACAAGGCGGUGCAGGGCUAUCCCUUUGAGGUGGUGUAUUAUCCCACGGCGGGAUGGUCGGACUUCGUGGUGAGGGCAGAGGAUGUUGAGGUGUCCAUGGCUGGGUACUGGAGUCCUGGUACUAGAGUGAAGAUGGCUAUGGAGACGGAGGACUCUUCGCGGGUUACAUGGUUUCAGGGCGUUGUCUCAUCAACGUUUCAAGAAACUGGUUUAUGGAAGCAGCUUCAGAUCACAUGGGACGAACCUGAGAUUCUGCAAAACUUGAAGAGGGUGAAUCCUUGGCAAGUGGAGGUCGUUGCAAACUCAAGUCAUCUUCUUGCUAUUUACCCUCCAGCAAAGAGGUUGAAGCCUUCCAGUAGCGCGAGUGGGUUCUUGAGUGGAGAAGGAGAAAUGCUCUAUUCCGGAAGAGGACAACAAGCUGUGGAUCCAAGUCCCUAUUUGUUCUCGUAUACUACAUUUCCUGCUGGCAUGCAGGGAGCCAGGCAUUAUGAAUUUGGGUCUUUUAACUCAACCGGAUUCAUCGGAGAAAACACUCCCCAGCUAUGCACUAAUAACUUCUUUAGUCCACUUCCUGGGCUGAGAAAAGUCUCGACUGAGAUGAUGAACUAUGGCAGCCCGCUUUCAGAUGACUUGUCGCCUAAUAGCAAUACCACUAAUGUAUCCUCUGGGAAUGAACUGGUUGGGAACCGAGGCCACGCUGUAAGAGUUAGCUCGAUUCAGCUGUUUGGCCAGAUCAUUAACGUGCAGGAGCUUACUGAGAGCGGUCUUGCUGAGGGCUUGUAUGAAGAGGAUGGAAGCAAAGAGUCCAGCGACAAUGAAGUUGUGAAUGAGACACAAUUGUCCUUGACAUAUGCUCAAGGCAUGUGAAAGAUUCUGAGGUGCCUCAAGAUUCCAACAGCCACCGAGGUUAAGUGAAUGAAGGACUUUUGGAUCUUGCUGGAAUAUCUGUCAAGUCCCCAAGUAGUAGUAAUCGUACUAUAUAUAAGUAUCUUGUCUUUCUGCAUUGACUUUGACUUGGUUUGACUGUUUUAUUUGACCAACUUCUGAGACA